AUGGCCGCCUCGCCCCGGCUGGAUGCCGACCCGUUGCCGCUGCUGCAGCUGCAGGAGGUGGACUCCAGCAGGCCGAGGUCCCGUGGCCUGCCGCACCCCUCCGCGUACAGCCCUCCUCUGGGCAUGGACAGCCAGACGGUCUGCAUCCCCUCCCCCUACACGGACAGUAGCCACGAGUACAACCACGGCCCGCUGGCCUUCUACAGCCCGUCGGUGCUGAGCUACGCCCGGCCGGCCGUCACCGACAGCCCGUCGGCCUUCUGGCCCUCCAACGGCCACCCCAACAUGCCCUCAAUGACUCUGCGCUGCCCUCAGCCUCUGGUCUACGGCGAGCCCGGCCCUCACGCUCCCUGGCUGGAGGCCAAGGCCCACAGCCUGGCCGGCAGCUCCCUCAUCAGCUGCAACAAGCCGCUGGGGAAGAGAUCCGUGGAAGGAGCCGAAGGCGUGAACUCCUCCGCGUGCUCCUCCUCCUCCUCCUCCGCGGCGGCGAAGGCCGACAUGCACUUCUGCGCCGUGUGCCACGACUACGCCUCGGGGUACCACUACGGGGUGUGGUCCUGCGAGGGCUGCAAGGCCUUCUUCAAGAGGAGCAUCCAAGGGAUCAAUGACUACAUCUGCCCCGCCACCAACCAGUGCACCAUCGACAAGAACCGGCGCAAGAGCUGCCAGGCCUGCCGCCUCCGGAAGUGCCACGAAGUGGGCAUGAUGAAGUGCGGUGUGAGGCGUGAACGCUGCAGCUAUCGAGGAGCCCGACACCGCCGUGGGGGACUCCAGUCUCGGGACCCGACAGGACGGGGUUUAGUCCGGGUGGGUCUGGGUCCUCGGGCCCAGCGACACCUCCACCUGGAGGCUCCUCUCGCUCCGCUCACCCCGCUGCCUCAGGCGAACCACACGCACCACUCGUCCAUGAGCCCGGAGGAGUUCAUCUCCCGCAUCAUGGAGGCGGAGCCUCCGGAGAUCUACCUCAUGGAGGACCUGAAGAAGCCCUUCACCCAGGCCAGCAUGAUGAUGUCCCUCACCAACCUGGCCGACAAGGAACUGGUGCUCAUGAUCAGCUGGGCUAAAAAGAUCCCGGGCUUCGUGGAGCUCAGUCUAGCGGACCAGAUCCACCUGCUGAAGUGCUGCUGGCUGGAGAUCCUGAUGCUGGGCCUCAUCUGGAGGUCGGUGGACCACCCCGGAAAACUCAUCUUCUCUCCGGACUUCAAACUCAACAGGGAGGAGGGACAGUGUGUGGAGGGCAUCAUGGAGAUUUUCGACAUGCUGCUGGCCGCCACCUCGCGGUUUCGUGAGCUGAAGCUUCAGAGGGAGGAGUACGUCUGUCUGAAGGCCAUGAUCCUCCUCAACUCCAAUCUGUGUACGAGCUCCCCUCAGACGGCCGAGGAGCUGGAGAGCAGGAACAAGCUGCUGCGCCUGCUGGACUCGGUGAUCGAUGCUCUGGUCUGGGCCAUUUCCAAACUGGGCCUGUCCACCCAGCAGCAGACGCUUCGCCUGGGACACCUCACCAUGCUGCUCUCCCACAUCCGCCACGUCAGCAACAAAGGCAUGGACCACCUGUCCACCAUGAAGAGGAAGAACGUGGUGCUGGUCUACGACCUCCUGCUGGAGAUGCUGGACGCCAACAUGACCGGCGGCGGCAGUCAGCCGUCGUCCUCGCCGAGCUCCGACACUUACUCUGACCAGAACCAGAACCAGAACGUUCAGACCCCGUCUCACCAGCAGCCGGCCGCGGACGGCCCACGCGGACCCCUCGAGGUCCCGGUCCUGGACGGGCACCCGCAGGCUCCGCCCCUCCAGACUCCGCCCCUCCAGGCUCCGCCCCUCCAGUCGUCGCCUCCGUUUCAGAGUCUAGUGGCGACUCACAUAGACGGCAAGUAA